UUCUUGAAUAAUAUUUCCUUGCCUCAUUUGAUAUCCCAUUCCUCUCGCUCAAAAUGGACUCUCAACCCCAAAUCGAUAUCUCCAAGCUUAGUGAUGCCGACAAGAAAGAAUUGAACCAGUUCUUGACGAGUGAGGCCCAAAAGUCGAACAUUCAACAGACUGUCCACCACCUCGCCGAUGUUUGCUGGAAGAAAUGUAUCACUUCGAAGGUCUCCUCAGGCCGGUUGGAUCGGAAAGAAGAAUCUUGUGCACAGAACUGUGUGGAAAGAUGGAUGGAUACGAACUUUGCUGUCUUGAAGCACUUGGAACAACUUCGCGGAUAAAUAAACCCAAGGUUUCGAUCCAUUAGCCAGACGUCGAUGGAGGACUUCUUCAUUAUUAUGUGCUUCAUUUUAACGUCGGCCAUCCUGUAAACCGGCCGGUUGAGUAUAUCUGUUAUAAAGCACAGUUGGGCUGUUCAGCA